AUGGAUCCGGCGAUGUAUCAAGGCGUCUCAGCGGCCGCCUACCUCUACGCGGCCCAGAAGCCGACGACGGCAGGCGCCUAUCUCGCCGCGACGCCAUCGCGGCCGCCGACGAACGCGAGCUCCGAUCACCAUCACACCAUCGAUCAGCCGUCAUCGUCGAGUUCGCCGCGUGAGACCGCCACCGCCUCGCCGGCGACCCACUCGGUGCUGACGAUUCGACUCUUGAUGCAGGGCAAGGAGGUCGGCAGCAUCAUUGGCAAGAAGGGCGAUCAGAUCAAAAAGAUUCGCGAGGAGUCGGGCGCGAAAAUCAACAUAUCGGACGGCUCGUGCCCUGAGCGAAUCGUCACCAUCACCGGCACACUCAACGUGAUCGCCAAGGCGUUUCAAAUGGUGUGCGCCAAAUUCGAGGACGACAUGCUUCAAUUGCCGAACUCGGUGCCGAAACCGCCGAUCACCAUGCGGCUCAUCGUGCCGGCGACGCAAUGCGGCAGUCUGAUCGGCAAAGGCGGCAGCAAAAUCAAGGAUAUUCGAGAGGCGACCGGCGCGUCGAUUCAAGUCGCCUCGGAAAUGCUGCCGCAGUCGACGGAACGCGCGGUGACGAUAUCCGGCAACGCCGACGCGAUCAAUUUGUGCAUGGUGCAAGUGUGCCAUAUUCUGCUCGAAGCGCCGCCGAAAGGCGCCACAAUUUCGUAUCGUCCGAAGCCGACGUUCAAUCCGUUGGUGAUCGCCUCAUCGGCGGCCAGCAUUGCCGCUCAACAGCAGCAAGCGCAAGCGCAACAGCAGAUCGCCGCCGCAGCGUUGUUAGGCGGCGGACAAGUCGGUAUGCAACAGCAGUUGGCACUUCUCCAACAGCAACAAUUGGCCGCCGUCCAGCAAAUGCUUAAUCCAGAGCUGGCGCGCGCCGCGCUCAUCAACCAGCAGUUCGCCAUGAUGCCGACGACAGCCGCCGCCGGCAGCGGCAGCGGCGCGACAACGACGACAGCGGCGGCCGCUACCAAUCAGCAAGAGCUCGCCUACUUGAGCCAGAACGGACUCAUGUAUCAGGCGGCUGCAGCGGCGGCGGUUGCCGCUGCCGCCCAGCAACAGCAGCAGCAGCAGCCGGACGCUGCCAAGCACAUUGAGCAGCAAUGGAGCGCCUAUGAUGUUGCCGCGUUUCAGCAACAACAGCAAUUAAUGAAUCAGUAUGCGAUGAGUCAGAAUAUGCUAAUCGGCGCGCCAUUCAUCAAAGGCGGACCAACUCCGCCGACGAUCACCAACGGCCAGCAGCAAGCCGGGCCGCUUCACCAUCAGAAGUCGUCAUCGAGCUCAGCGAACACGAGAUUCAAUCCAUACUAG